UCGCGCCGUACAUUAGUUUGUUGGGCGUCAGCUCACAUUGAACUGUUAAGAUGUCAACCAUCCUGGAUGUUCCGAGGCCUCGAAUCAAUUUUUCUAUGCUGUCGCGGUAUAUUAGCAAACCCGUCUGUUUUGUCGGGCGUGUUGAGAAGGUACACCCAACUGGGAAAACGUUCACUGUCGCGGAUGGAGAGGGACAAUGUGUGUGUGUUGAAUUAAAUGACCCUCUUGAAGAUGAGCUGUCUGGAAUCGUGGAAGUCAUUGGAAUGGUGUCCAACAAAGGAGCUAUAAUGGCCACCGCGUUCAGCAUGCUCCGAGAUGAGAAAGGCAGUGUGUUUGACCUGGAACUCUACAAUGAAGCUGUAAAGGUCAUCCAUGAUUUCCCCCAGCACUACCCUUUUGAUGCAGCUGCAAGUGGAUGAGCUUUUAAUUUUUUUUCCCCUGAUUUUUGUUUUGUCUGGUUUUGUUAUGAAAGGAAAGAAAAUCGCCAAUAAUUAUGUAUGUCACGGAAAAUAUUUUUAAAAUAAACCUUCAAAGAUGCAA